AUGGCUUCCACUCUUGAGGACGAGGUGCCUCAUAAGAACUUCGACACCAUCCUGGUGCUCGACUUUGGCUCACAAACUAGCCAUCUUAUUCUGCGACGGCUUCGAGCUCUCGGCGUCUUUGCUGAGCUACUUCCGUGUACCACCAAGGUCGCUGAGCUGUCAUGGAAGCCCAAAGGAAUUAUCUUCUCUGGAGGCCCUUCCUCUGUCUAUGACGAGGGUUCACCCCAUGUUGAUCCUGGUGCUUUUGAACUUGAUGUACCCAUUCUUGGUAUUUGCUAUGGGUGCCAGGAGAUCGCUUGGCGAAUUGACUCCAAGAAUGUGGUUCGCGGAGAGGCACGAGAGUAUGGCCACGCGGACGUCACCAUCACCAAAGUCAACAGCCAUGCCGACAGGCUUUUCGCCGGGUUGGGAGACGGAAUUUCUGUCUUCAUGUCCCACUUUGACAAGCUAAUCAGCUUGCCCAAGGACUUUGUGGUCAUUGCUGCCACCAAGAACUCAGAGUUCGCCGGCAUCGCCCACAAGGAGAAGCCUAUCUUUGGUGUCCAGUUUCAUCCUGAGCUCGAACACACCCCCCGUGGAACCGAUCUCCUGCAGAACUUCAGCGUCAACAUCUGCGGAGCUAAACCAAACUGGAAAAUGGGCAACUUUGUCGAGCUCGAGAUCGCUCGCAUCCGGGAACUUGUUGGUCCCAAAGCUCUCGUCAUUGGUGGCGUAAGUGGCGGUGUCGACAGCACUGUUGGAGCGACUUUGAUGCGUGAAGCCAUUGGGGACCGCUUCCACGCGAUCGGUGUCAACAAUGGCUGCAUGCGUCUCAACGAGUUCGAGGAGGUCAAGAAGAAUCUCAGGGACCACCUUGGUAUCAAUCUCCAUGUUGUAGAGGCCGGCGAGCUGUUCUUGAGUCGUCUUGAAGGUGUUUCCGAUCCUGAAAAGAAGCGAAAGAUCAUUGGGUCGACAUUCAUCGAUGUGUUUGAGCAAGAGGCCAUCAGGAUCGAGAAAGAAGCAGAAAACACACCGAAUUCCGGGAGGGUGGAGUGGUUCUUGCAAGGGACACUAUACCCUGAUGUUAUCGAGUCGCUCUCGUGGAGAGGUCCUUCAGCGACAAUCAAGACUCACCACAACGUAGGCGGUUUGCCUGAGCGAAUGAUGAAGGGUCAAGGCUUGCGUCUUAUCGAACCCCUCAGACUUUUAUUCAAAGAUGAAGUGAGGGCAAUUGGUCGGCAACUCGGCAUCCACGAGUCGCUGGUAAACAGGCACCCAUUCCCCGGACCGGGAAUUGCCAUCAGGAUUCUUGGCGACGUUACUCAGGAGCGAGUUGAGAUCGCCCGCAAGGCUGACCAUAUCUUCAUCAACAUGAUCAAGGAGGCUGGCCUUUACGACCAGAUGUCCCAAGCCUUUGCUGGUCUUGAUACCAGCCGUAGUGUUGGUGUUUUUGGUGAUCAGCGUGUUUGGGGUUACAUCGUAAUCCUCCGCGCUGUCCGUACCAAGGACUUCAUGAGCGCCGAGGUGUUCAACUUUGACAACUCCUUCCUCGGGGAUGUCGCGCGUGCCAUUUGCAAUCAAGUAGAUGGUGUGUCCCGUGUCGUCUACGAUUUAACUUCAAAGCCUCCUGGCACUAUUGAGCUGGAAUAG